ACGACUCAAUGCUCCGCGGCAGGACCGCAUCUACCGCCGCACAGAUGAAAUGAAGAUGACUCCUCAAUGCUCCGCGGCAGGACCGCGUCUACCGCCACACAGAUGAAAUGAAGAUGGGUCCUCAAUGCUCCGCGGCAGGACCGCGUCUACCGCCACACAGAUGAAAUGAAGAUGGGUCCUCAAUGCUCCGCGGCAGGACCGCGUCUACCGCCACACAGAUGAAAUGAAGAUGGAUCCUCAAUGCUCCGCGGCAGGACCGCGUCUACCGCCACACAGAUGCGUCAACGGCCUGCUAUCUGGAGACCCGAGCACUUUGCUGUGAGAGGGAAGGAAGGAGGGGGGAAGUAAAUAAAAGCUUUAAGAAAGGGCGGAGAGCACCAGACAUCCGAGAUUGUGGACAAUCACGUUGACGCUUUUUACAGUCGUAACUUUGUCUGUCACAGAGACGGACACGACCACCGAGAGCCAUGGGUUCGUGCACAGAUGAAGAAUUCAAAGAUAAAUUACUAUGGAACGUGAAAAGAGAGGUGAAACAGAUCAUGGAGGAGGCGGUGACUAAGAAGUUUGUCCAUGAAGACAGCAGCCACGUCAUCGGCCUAUGCCGCACCAUCGAGGCGUGUCUGAGCCACCUGUUGAAGCGGCGAGCGGCGGGCUUCCUGCGUAGCGACAAGAUCGGUGCCCUUUUCACCAAAAUCGGCAAGGUAAACGCCACGGCCGGAGAGGUAUGCCGGAAGGUCCAGGAGCAGCUCGCACAGCAGGCAGAGGUCAUCAGAACCCAGAGGACCCAGAGUGUGGGUCAGGAGCCCCUGAAGAGGCAGGGGUCGUCGUCUGCAGGUCGCGGCCCCCAGCCCCUCUCCACUCAGGCCAUCAAGCACAUCUGGGUACGCACCGCCCUCUUCGAGAAGGUCCUGGACCAGGUCGUACAGUACAUCGUGGAUAACUCCAGUAAGUACUAUGAGAGGGAGGCUCUGAUGCAUGACUCAGUGUUUGGACCCAUCCUGGCAUGUCUACUGGUGGGUCCCUGUGCUCUGGAGUACACUAAGCUGAAAACGUCCGACCACAUCUGGACGGACCCGUCGGCCAACGAGUUGGUCCAGCGCCACCGGAUCCACGGGGCCCACCGGGGCCAGGACGCUUCCCCCAGCAGGAGGCCCGCUCUGGGGAUCCGGAAGAGACAGUCCAGCGUCAGCAUGUCCGAGGAUAAGUUUGCGGCGUCUGCACGGGAAUACGUGGAAUCUCUUCACCAGAACUCCCGUACUCACCUGCUCUACGGCAAAAACAACGUCCUGGUUCAACCGAAGAAAGACAUGGAGGUGCUGCGGGGGUACCUGUCCCUUCACCAGGCAGGGGACAACCUCACCCUGAAGUGGACCCCUAACCAGCUCAUCAACGGCACCCUGGGGGACUGUGACCUGGAGAAGAGUAUCUAUUGGGACUAUGCAUUGACCGUGCCUUUACGACAGAUCGUGUGCAUUCACUGUCACCAACGACCGGACUAUGGUGGGACUUUGGUUCUGGUUAGUCAGGAUGGCAUCCAGCACCCCCCUCUCCACUUCCCCCCCGGCGGCCACCUCCUGGCCUUCCUGUCCUGCCUGGAGACGGGCCUGCUGCCCCGCGGUCAGCUGGAGCCCCCACUCUGGAGCCAGAGAGGCAAGGGUAAGGUGUUUCCUAAGCUAAGGAUGAGGACCAGCACAGUCAGACUGUUAGAUCAGGAGGGAGAGGAGCAGACAGCAGCUGACUACGUAUUCCGUAUCGUCUAUCCUGGACACCACCACGACUCCACAGUGACUAUAAACUACCACCACACCACGGGCAGCCGUGCUCCAUCGCUGGAUGAUGAUGAAGAGGAGGAAGAUAGACUCCAGGCUAUGAUCUCAAUGAUCUGCUGGCGGAACCUCACAGAUCCUAAUGUCAUGAAAGACCAUGGGGAGAUGGACAUCCAGGGUGCCUAUAUGAGAGGCAGCCCGUCGUCAUGGCAGCAGGCAGCAGAGUGCACCAGUCACAUGUCGUCAUGUCUGUGUUGCUCCACAAGGGGCAGUAACGUCUCCUUGGAAUACCCAGCAGGCUGCACCUGCAUCCACGACCGUAUCCCUCUGAAGAUGCUGUGCCAGAAUAUGAAAAGGCAGAUCGUCUCCAGGGCCUUCUACGGAUGGCUGGCCUACUGUCGACACCUGUCCACGGUCCGUACCGACCUGUCAGCACUGGUCUGCCACAACAUUGUCCUUCCUGACAAACCUUGCGAGGCAUCGGGGGGACUGAGCAAAGACGUGUGGAGAAAGUACCAGAAAGACUGCAAGAACUAUAAGGAGUUGGAGUUGUUGUGGCUGGUGUAUUAUGGAGGUGUACAGCAUGACAUCAGGAAGGAAGUCUGGCCCUUCCUGCUGGGUCACUACAAGUUUGGCAUGGGCAAGAAGGACAUGAGCCAGAUGGAUGAGAAGAUCAGUGCACGGUACCAGCAGGUAAUGAAGGAGUGGAAGUCCUGCGAGGUGAUAGUCAAGCAGAGAGAGAAGGAGAUGCAGUCGGCCAUCUUUGCUAAUCUGUCUUCAGGAAGCAGCACAGACAGCCACAUCCUCAGACACAGAGACUCCACUCUCUGCAAUGAGGUGUUCAUGUCAGUGGAUGAGCCCGACGCAGGGGCGGGGGGUCAGGACACCCCAGGAGGAGGGGGGAGAGACACCCCCGGCCACUCUACAGUGAUUCCCCCCGCAGCCGGUGGGGCACUAGCUCCUGAUGAGCGCCCCCUGGGGGAGUUUGACUCCCCUGACUCCGGCCUCCCAUCCUCCAGGAACUACUCUGUCACCUCCGGCCACUCUCAGAUUCUCUCCUCUAUCGACGAUGGACAGAGCACAGUGGAGGAGGGAGGAGCCAGGCAGGAGGGAGGAGCCAGGCAGGAGGGAGGAGCCAGGCAGGAGGGAGGAGCAGGGGAGGAGGGAGGAGCAGGGGUGGAGGGAGGAGCCAGGCAGGUGGGAGGAGCAGGGGAGGAGGCCCGGCCACACUCGUACAGUGUGACGGAGGAGAAGGAGCGACAGGAUUGGUUGAGUGAGGAGAUGCUGUGCAGUCAGCUGGAUAAGUUGAUGACCAAUGAGAAUGGAGGAACAGAGGGGAUGCCUUCACUCUCCUCCUAUACGAUUGAGCUGUUGGACACAGCGGCUCUGAACCUCCACAGGAUAGAUAAGGAUGUCCAGCGCUGUGACCGUAACUACUGCUACUUUACAACCACUAACCUGGAGAAAGUACGCAACAUCAUGUGCAGCUAUGUGUGGGAGAAUCUGGAGAUGGGUUAUGUCCAGGGGAUGUGUGACCUGCUGGCCCCUCUCAUGGUCAUUCUGGACGAUGAGUGUCUGGCGUACAGCUGCUUCACCCAGCUGAUGAAGAGGAUGAGCCAGAACUUCCCCAACGGCGGAGCCAUGGACACACACUUCACCAACAUGAGGUCCCUCAUACAGAUCCUGGAUUCGGAGCUGUUUGAGCUAAUGCAUCAGAAUGGAGACAACACCCACUUCUAUUUCUGUUACCGCUGGUUCCUGUUGGACUUCAAAAGAGAGCUGCUGUACCAGGAUGUGUUCUCAGUAUGGGAGGUGAUCUGGGUGGCCCCUCAUAUCUCCUCUCAGCACUUCAUCCUGUUCCUGGCCCUGGCUCUGGUAGAGGUCUACAGAGAGAUCAUCAGAGAUAACACCAUGGACUUCACUGACAUCAUCACCUUCUUCAACGAGAUGGCAGAACGUCAUGACGUGCAGCACAUCCUUCAGGUCGCCAGAGAGCUGGUGCGCAAGGUCCAGUCUCUCAUCGAGAACAAGUGAUGAAGAGGAGGAUGAACAGGGCCAGAGGGAGGAGGAGGAGAGGUAGAGAGGAGCCAGAUACCAUCACUCCACCCCUCCACCCGCCCAGCCAUCCUUUGCAUCCAGCACAGCUCCCUCCCUCUCUUACCCCUCUUUACCCCUCCCAAACCUGUGGAAGAGACAGAGACGUGGGCCCUCUAUCCCUCCAGCCGGACCAGCGAAGGGUGAAGGCUCCAGGUUGACCAUCCUAGCCUGGGUGAAGGCUCCAGGUUGACCAUCCUAGCCUGGAUGAAGGCUCCAGGUUGACCAUCCUAGCCUGGGUGAAGGCUCGAGGUUGACCAUCCUAGCCUGGAUGAAGGCUCCAGGUUGACCAUCCUAGCCUGGAUGAAGGCUCCAGGUUGACCAUCCUAGCCUGGGUGAAGGCUCCAGGUUGACCAUCCUAGCCUGGAUGAAGGCUCCAGGUUGACCAUCCUAGCCUGGGUGAAGGCUCCAGGUUGACCAUCCUAGCCUGGGUGAAGGCUCCAGGUUGACCAUCCUAGCCUGGGUGAAGGCUCCAGGUUGACCAUCCUAGCCUGGGUGAAGGCUCCAGGUUGACCAUCCUAGCCUGGGUGAAGGCUCCAGGUUGACCAUCCUAGCCUGGGUGAAGGCUCCAGGUUGACCAUCCUAGCCUGGGUGAAGGCUCCAGGUUGACCUUCCUAGCCUGGGUGAAGGCUCCAGGUUGACCAUCCUAGCCUGGGUGAAGGCUCCAGGUUGACCAUCCUAGCCUGGGUGAAGGCUCCAGGUUGACCAUCCUAGCCUGGAUGAAGGCUCCAGGUUGACCAUCCUAGCCUGGAUGAAGGCUCCAGGUUGACCAUCCUAGCCUGGGUGAAGGCUCCAGGUUGACCAUCCUAGCCUGGAUGAAGGCUCCAGGUUGACCAUCCUAGCCUGGGUGAAGGCUCCAGGUUGACCAUCCUAGCCUGGAUGAAGACUCCAGGUUGACCAUCCUAGCCUGGGUGAAGGCUCCAGGUUGACCAUCCUAGCCUGGGUGAAGACUCCAGGUUGACCAUCCUAGCCUGGAUGAAGGCUCCAGGUUGACCAUCCUAGCCUGGGUGAAGGCUCCAGGUUGACCAUCCUAGCCUGGAUGAAGGCUCCAGGUUGACCAUCCUAGCCUGGGUGAAGGCUCCAGGUUGACCAUCCUAGCCUGGAUGAAGACUCCAGGUUGACCAUCCUAGCCUGGGUGAAGGCUCCAGGUUGACCAUCCUAGCCUGGGUGAAGGCUCCAGGUUGACCAUCCUAGCCUGGGUGAAGGCUCCAGGUUGACCAUCCUAGCCUGGGUGAAGGCUCCAGGUUGACCAUCCUAGCCUGGGUGAAGGCGAGAACAGGGGGAAAGGAGAGGGAUGUUGGCUGGGUCCUGGUUCCAGUGCUAGGUCUGGUCC